AAAGCAUAAAUUCUAGCUAAGCAACGGAAGCAUAAACCCAGAGCAGAUAUUAAUUUUUAAUCAUGAGCAACUUUCAGACCGCAGUGGACCCUGAAACGUCACAAAAUAUCUCCAAUAACUUAACUAAACUAGCUGGAAACUACCUGUUGAAAUCGAAGCUUGGGGAGAGUCCUUCCUCCACGGUGUGGAAAGCGGAGCACGUGUCAUCGGGAGAUGUAGUUGCGGUGAAGCAAAUUUAUCUCCACAAACUGAACAAACACCUGAGGAGUUGCUUGGACUGUGAGCUUAAUUUUCUUUCUUCUGUAAGGCACCCCAACAUAAUUCGCCUUUUCGAGGUGUUCCAGGCUGAAACUUGCAUAUUCCUUGUUGUUGAGUUUUGUGCUGGGGGAAAUCUUGCUUCUUAUAUUCAGCAACAUGGGACACUUCCGGAGCUGACUGCCAGAAAAUUUAUGCAGCAGCUUGGAGCUGGCUUGGAAAUUCUACAUUCUCACCACAUUAUUCACAGGGACUUGAAACCAGAGAACAUUCUACUAUCUCAUGCAGAGGAUGGUGUGGUGCUCAAGAUAUCUGAUUUUGGUCUUUCAAGCAAUCUCCAUCCGGGCAAGUGUGCUGAGAAAGUAUGUGGAUCGCCAUUAUACAUGGCUCCUGAAGUUCUGCAAUUUCUUAGAUAUGAUGAAAAGGUAGACAUGUGGAGUGUUGGUGCAAUUCUUUUCGAGCUUCUUAAUGGCUACCCACCCUUUCAUGGUAGGAAUAAUGUCCAGUUGCUGCAGAACAUCAAGUCAUCUACACAUCUACCAUUCUCUCAGUGUAUUCUACCCUGGUUGCAUCCAGACUGCCUUGAUAUGUGUUUAAAACUACUUUCUAAAAAUCCAGGUUUUACUUUUUGUGGAUCGUAUGUCCUUUAGUGAAUUCUAUCAGCAUAGAUUCCUGAGAAGAAAAGAGUGGGAAACUGACACCAACUUUUGAUGUUCCAUGUUUAAUUCUUCCCCUGUAUGGUAAAUCAGUCUAAUCCAUUACAGCUAUCCAUAGUCACUCUUAUACUGCACAUAAAUUUGCGGUGGCGUAGCAGUCAUCAUAGGUUCAUUAACAUCAAACUAAGUUUUCUCUGGUGAAAUAGUCUUAAUUUCUUGUGUCUUCUACUACCUCACGAACCAUAUUUCCAAUUGUAUCUUUGAUAUCACCAUGUAAAGAAGCAACUGAAAAAUGGCAAUUUGGUGGAGGUCGUGGCAUUGUAAAGGAUUUUCACUUGUUAUUGUUAAAUAGGUGAUCAUAGGUAGUGCGAGAUUUUGUAUCAUUGUAAUCUACAGUAAUACCCAUUCCAUCAAGUUACAUAAUUUCCCUCUUUGAUGCC